AUGUCCCAGACAUCCUCACCCCUGAGCCAGAACGACUCCUGCACGGGCAGAUCCGCCGAUCUCCUGCUGCCCUCCGGGGACACCGGGAAGAGGCAACACGACCGCGGCACCGAGGUUGCUCCCUACUCCAGAGCCGAGCGCUACAAAGCACAGGAGGAUCGUCGGGAGUCAAAGCUGACCCUGCGCCCCCCCAGCCUGGCUGCCCCCUACGCCCCGGUCCAAAACUGGCAGCACCAGCCGGAGAAGCUCAUUUUCGAGUCCUGCGGGUAUGAGGCCAACUACUUGGGCUCCAUGUUGAUCAAAGACCUCCGCGGGACGGAGUCCACGCAGGACGCCUGUGCCAAGAUGAGGAAAUCCACAGAGCACAUGAAGAAGAUCCCGACCAUAAUACUGUCCAUCACGUACAAGGGGGUGAAGUUCAUCGAUGCCUCUAACAAGAAUGUCAUUGCCGAGCACGAGAUCCGGAACAUCUCCUGCGCUGCUCAGGACCCCGAGGAUCUCUGCACGUUCGCCUACAUCACCAAGGACCUGCAGACCAGCCACCACUACUGCCACGUCUUCAGCACCGUGGAUGUG